CAACAACUAUUACUACUACUAUCACUGCUGCUACUACUACUGGCAAUCACUAUGAUGACGACCAUUGAAAAUCUGCUGGUCUCCGUUCAGCUCGGGUUUUUCUUACCAGUAUAGUUGGGUCGGUUUGUUGUUUGGAGCUGAUAGCAACGAUGUGUACAACGACGACGACCACCAUCACAACAACAACAGUCAACGGAGCUAUGUUCUAAUAAUAAUGGUCUGUGAGUUUUAAGACACAGCAAGCAGGUGGGGGUUUACUGUGGACAAUGUCUGGUACUGUUGGGCGGUUUUGCUACCUUUACGGAAUACAACUAAUCUCUACUACACCUGGCUGACCACACAAUACAAGAGCGAAGAAGAAUGGCAUCUUCUCGAAAGUCUACCUCAUCAAAAUAUAACCAGGAAGGAUCUCGUCGGAAACUUACACGUCAGAGAGAUCACGUAGAACAUCAAGUUAUUGAACAAGAUGUCUUUACUCCGAAGCGUAAAGGAAGCCAAAAAAGUGGUAGCGUCACCACUAAAGCCAGCAAAACAUCAAGUGAUAGUGGCCAAAAUUCAAAAGUCGAAGCUACCAAGAAUAAAGUAACAAAGAAGAAGCCUGAAGAUGGCGGGAAAGCAGAGAAAAAGGCCCACAUUAAGGAACCGGUGCCGCCAGACAUUAAUUCAUCUGCUUCGUCGACCUUUGGUUCGCAAGAAUCAGAAAAAUCUAGUUUGGCUGCAAGUAAUUGCAGUGGCAGUAGUAGUGGUGUUAGUGGAAAAUUAGAAACGAGUGGUCGCAGUAGUUCAUCAAAAAGUGGCACCGGCCAGUCUGCGAGUCAAGGAAGCAGUGGCACAACUCAGAAACAUGGUUCAUCACCAACCUCAAAGAAAAGUGGUGCUUCAUCAAAAUCCUCACCGAGUGCAACUGCCAAACGGGCUGGUCGUGGCGGUUCUUCAGAUGGCAAGAAGGAUUGUUCUAGGGAGCGGAAAAUGGGUGUCGUUUCUUAUCAUUUCCACUUGCCAAAGACUGAAGUCCCGACCCCAGCACCAAAACCGACAGUCACUGAGGUGACGAGUGUGAAGACAAAUGUUACCGUUGCACCAAGUAUUAAGACAACUGCCAAUGUUACAUCUGUUGCUGCUACACCUAGCAUGAAGACCACUACGGUGGUAACGUCCAGCAUGAAGACAACUGUUGCUGCUACAUCGAGCAAAACGACAACUGCUGUUACUACGUCAGCAAGUGUGAAGACAACUGCCAAUGUCGCUGUAUCAAUUGGAAGCACACCAUCUACUGUUACAGAAGUAACGACUAUUAAUACUAGUUGUACAGACAUCGUGACUCAAGAAGAAGACCAGGAGGAUAAGAGUGACAACAUUUCCUCUUCAUCUACAACCCCUUCACUAUUGAGUGUUACUUCUGAAACCACAAGUCUCUUGGGUAAAUCCCCUGAAACCAGCAGCAGUUUAAGGGAUAAAGACCAGUCACAGCUUUCUCCCGGUCUUUCAUCAUACAGCAAUAUUGAUUCAGAUGGGACUGGCUCACCUGAUUUGAGUUUUUGUAGUCCUGAGUUACCCACAAAAAACAGCCGCCUCAAGCGACGCCUUAUCCAAGAACCAGCUUUCGAUGAGUAUGAAGAAGACUUAAUAACCACAACUUCAAACUUGACAUCUUCUCAAUUGCCUUCUUCUUCAUUGAAAAUCCCAGGAAUAGGUUUAUUUGGUUCUAAUGCCAGCCUCUUGUCACUUGAUAACCAGGAGCGAAUCAGAAGUGCUUCAUUGCAUUUUCAACCUAUGUGUUCUUCGGAGACAUCACUUAACAGUCAGACCUCUCUACAGAAACGACCAUGUGAGAAGGUCCGAGAAUUGCAGCUUUCGGACUCAACAUUAUCAGUUCGAGGUCAUGAAAUGAGAGCUGGUUUUGAGAACUGUAGUACCUCAAUUCUUCGUGGAAGCAGCACUGGUAGUUACAAUGCCAGCUUCAAUCUCCGACCGUUUGUUCGGCAUUCAAGCUCUCCAGCUAAAGUUGAAAGUUCUUCGAAUUAUCGCAGAUCAAAAGAUCAUCUAGCAUUGCUAGAAGUUCUACGCAAACAUGGACUUUGUCACUGCAUACGGUUUUUCAAUCGAGAUAUGAACAUCAGGAAAUUUAGGACUCUCACCGAGGAUGACCUUCUUGAAAGUUGUCAGGUCACUGAUCCACAAACCAGAAAGCAAUUGCUACAGGUCAUCGCCCGACUAAAAAUGGAUGAAGAUACGGAUACCGAAUCAGACUAUGGUACCCCCUCUUCACAGUCACCACUGCCCUCUCCAUCGACACUUCAAAGGAAGUCACGGGAAGAUCUCCCGUUGGCUCUACACUAUGGCUAUCGAAGGUUACAGCGGACUCUAUCUGAAGAGACACGUCAGAAAGGCAAAGAUGGAACCCCUCUCACUCCCACUUGUAGCUCAGGCAGUCAUCCUUGUCUACCAGGGAGUCACUUAAGCAGUAUUUCCAGCAAUACUGAAAGCACAAACUUAUUACGGAUGCACAAUUCUGUUUUGGGUCAGUCUGCACCAUCCCUCUCAGCAAGCAUGAAAGAUCUCAGUUUAACUAGGAAAGGAAGUCGUUCUCAUGGAAAACGAUCGGUUAUAGCUGUUGGAUCUUCACCUACACUUCUACAUCGAUGCAACUCUCCUCAGAACUCAGCAUUCAGGCCUCCUCGAAGUCCUAUGGACAGUCCACGCCAAGCAUCACCCAACCUUCACAACCAGUUUCCAUUCCAAAAUAUCAAGAAGAUGGAUGGGCGUAGAUGGUCUUUUGCAUCACUGCCAUCAUCUGGUUAUGGAACCAACACACCUGCUAGCUCCAAUGUCUCGUCCCAGUGCUCUUCUCAAGAGCGUCUUCACCAGCUGCCAUCUCAGCCUACUCCAGAUGAACUGCAUAUUCUCACUAGACAUUUUGGAAGUAACGAAAACAAUGCUGUUCCGCCUGAGGAUGACUCUGGUGGAGGACGGUGGUCACCGCGGCCCCGACCCCGCUCCCGAAGUUUGAGUAGUCCUGCUCGCUCUCCUGCAAGUGAUUUGGAAAUAGUCAUGAUGAAUAAUAUGUAUAAAGAGAGAUUCCCUAAGGCCACUGAUCAGAUGGAAGAAAGACUGGAGCUCUUUAUUGAAUUAAACCGAGCACCAGUUGAACCUGAUGCAAUUUUAAGCUUUCUUCAUCACCAAGUACUUGAAAUGGCAAGAGAUUGUCUUCAAAAAUCUCAGGAAAAACUAAUAACUAGUAAUUAUUUCUGUGAAUUGUCAGAAAAUUUAGAGAAACUACUCAAAGAUGCUCAAGAGAGAUCUGAAGAGACAUAUCAGUACCUCUAUCCACUCAUCAAAAAGCUACUCAUCAUUGUUUCCCGACCAGCUCGUCUACUGGAAUGCUUGGAAUUCAAUCCAGAGCAAUUUUACCAUAUGCUGGAGGCAGCAGAAGGCCAUGCACGCCAGUAUGUCAAAGCUGAUAUCCCCCAGUAUAUCAUCCAGAAAUUGGGAUUAAACAGAGAUCCACUUGCUGAUGUUCAGGAAAUCGGAAUGCACGAUAGUACAGAUUGCGCUAGUGGAGCAGAAUCAGCGGAUAGCAAUGCAACAAAAGAGAAGAAAGCAACCCCAUCAGAGGAUGAUUUUGAUACAAUAAAACUAAUUAGCAGUGGAGCUUUUGCAGCUGUUUAUCUAGUGCGUCACAAAGAAUCAAGAAAACGAUUUGCCAUCAAGAAAAUAGGCAAACAGCAUUUACUCAUGCGCAACCAAACUGAACAAGCAUUUGUUGAGAGGGACAUUCUCACAUUCACUGACAACCCGUUUGUGGUGAGCAUGUACUGCAGUUUUGAGACCAAAAAAAACUUCUGUAUGGUAAUGGAAUAUGUGGAAGGAGGAGAUUGUGCUACGCUGUUGAAGUUUACAGGUGGACUGCAUUUGGACCUUGCCAGGAUGUAUUUUGCCGAAACAGUGCUUGCUCUGGAAUACCUUCACAGUUAUGGGAUUGUACACAGAGAUUUAAAACCUGAUAAUUUGUUGAUCACUGCCACAGGACAUAUAAAACUAACAGAUUUUGGUUUAUCUAAAGUUGGUUUGAUGAGCUUGACUACAAAUAUGUACGAAGGAGCUGUUGAUAAAGACUGUAAACAGUUCAAAGACAAACAAGUAUUUGGCACUCCAGAAUACAUUGCGCCUGAGGUCAUCUUAAGGCAAGGUUAUGGAAAACCUGUUGAUUGGUGGUCAAUGGGGAUAAUCCUGUUCGAGUUUCUAACUGGAUAUGUUCCUUUUUUCGGGAAAACACCAGAAAUCCUCUUUUCCCAAGUCAUCAAUGAACAAUUUGAAUGGCCACCAGAGAAAGAAUUGAAAGUGCAGGAUGAAGCUAAAGAUUUAAUAACUCAACUGCUCAGGAAUAAUCCAAGGGAGCGUAUUGGCUCUGGUGGUGCCCACCAAGUGAAAGAACAUGAAUUCUUCCAGAGUGUAGACUGGGAUGGAUUGUUACGGCAGAAAGCUGAGUUUGUUCCACAAUUAGACAGUGAAGAGGACACAAGCUACUUUGAUACCCGAACUGACCGCUAUAGCCACCCUGACCUGGAAACUGAGGACACGGAAGAUGAUACGGAUGACAUCAUGUUUCACAGCUUCUCAUCUUGUUCUCCACGGUACAACAAACUCAGUUUGAAACUGGAGGAUUCUCAAGAGGAGCGGAAAGAUCGAAGGCGACACUCCAGCUCGGAUGAAAUUCGAACACGUUUGCUGGAGAAACAGGUUCUUGACCGGAAAGAUUCCAAUCAGUCAGAAAGUUCCGAGAGCUCAAUAGAAGUACAACGUGUCCUCCGAAUUAACAGUACAGGGAGCAGUUAUGGAGACAGUCUGCUAGACAUAUCCAGUUCCAGUAGCAGGUUAGAACUCACACUGCGAGAUGAUGAUAUCUUUACUGCUGCCAUAGAUUGUGAACAGCCAGCUCAGGUUUGCGAGACAGAAAAGACUACGAGCACAACAAAGUCUUCCUUGUCGUCAACCACGCCACAAACCCAGCAACAGCCACCACAACAACAGCAGCAGCAGCAGCAACAGAUACCCAAAUUCUCUAUCUCGACUGCAUGUGACGCCGAUAUUCCUCCUUCCAAAGAACUCUCUCCAGUUGAUGAGAUUGACAAUAAAGACAGUGGAACCGGCUCAGGGAGGAGUAAGGCAACCGCCACGACAACUACUACCACUACUACUACUACCACUGCUGUCACCACAACAACAGCCACUGCAGUGUCUUUGGUUGGCGGUGAGAGUGUAGAACGCACAACUAACAGCACGCCAUUAGUUACCACUGCAUCCUUUAAAGCUGCUACCAGCGUCGUCCCGUCCACUUAUAGCGAGAGGACUAGGACUUCUGGUAGUAACGAGGACGUCGUGAAACUACAGAAGUCAGCUUCAGCUAGCGCCCUCACACUACUAGUGCAUUCUAUAGGUCAUCCAUUGGAUAACUCCGGGGAACUGACUAAGCGUAGACUCUUCUUCCCAGAAGAUUUACUCAUCCAGCCCUUAAACUCUCCUGGGGGUUCAAGCACCAGUUCCCGCGAUGGCUCUCCGUCCAGAGAUAUCUCGCCACUUACCAGGAACUUAAAGCCGCCACUAGUCAUCAAGAAAGGUCCUCAAGGGUUUGGAUUCCGUAUCCAAGCCAUCCGGGUAUAUCUAGGUGAUACAGACCUGUACACUCUGCAACAUAUGGUUGUUGCGGUUGAGACAAGUGGUCCUGCUUUUGAAGCUGGUUUACGUCCUGGUUGUCUGAUAACUCAUAUCAAUGAUGAAUGUAUCCAAAGUCUGUUGCACACCCAGGUUGUGCAGCUCAUUCUCAGUGGUGGGAAUGUUCUGCAGAUCCGGUCCGUGCCGUUGGAAAACACAACCAUUAAAACUGGAACGCGAAGGCAUCGAAGCAAUCCUGGGAAAAUGGCACGUCGUAUUUGUCACAAGAAACGAGAGAAAAGUGGUGAGAAGAAGAAAGGACGGUCAUUGUUCCGAAAAUUGAGUAAGAAGGCUGAGCAACAUAUACACCCUGGCUCACCAAUGAGCGCCAACAGAACAUUCAGUCCUCUCAGCAAGUCUCUGUCUUCAGCUGAAAGUUCACCAAACUUGCCGAGGUCUGCUCGUUCUCUACCAAUCAAUAUGCCAUGGUCAACACCAGAGUCCGCUGCUGGAAGUUCUUCUACCAGUAGCUCACCCAGCUCUAGCGGGCCAAGUUCCCCAGCCACUUCCUCCCACUAUGGCCGGCCUAGCUCCUUGCAUGGCCUGAAACACCACAAACGUGCUCAGAGUAUGAAAUCCCCCCAUCGGCGUAAAUCUGUGCACAACAUUCCCCUCUCACCUUUAGCAAGGACUCCUUCCCCAUCUCCAAUGGCAACAUCUCCCACACGGAGCCCCAGCCCACUUGCUUUCACACAGGGACAUCAUGCUGGCAGUUCUAACACAGUACAGCACACAUACCCAGCUCAACUUACUGCUUCCGGUUCUCCUGUACCCCACACAGCCUCACGCAGAUCUUUCACAAGGCCCAAAAGCUGUGAGCCUGGGUCACCUCUGUUGCGAUGUACACUAUCUCCAGAACGACUGCAUCCCAACACAGCAGAGAAGACUCAUCUCAGGAAAAGUCCUUGGCAGGAGAAACAGUCAGUCAGUGAAUCUUUGUGAGAAUGGAGGAUUAAUUCACUGCUGCUUCCCCUUGCACCGUUCACAUGUAAGUGAAAACUUGCUCCCAUCAUAGCAUGAUGCUGUUGUUUGAAGGGAUGUAUAUAGUAAUUUAGAAAGUUUUCUCGACUCAAGAAUCAAAGAUUUAAAAAGGAGAAAGACUAACACAACCACAAAGCUUUAAAUAUGAAUUGAAGAAAAAUAUAUAAAUUAUAUAAACUGAUGAUAACAUUUUCAAAAACCCUCACCCCAUCCUAAACAAGAAAUGUGAUUAAAAAAAUGUCCCACUCCUCACUAAAAACAGAGCUCAAAAAAAAAACAAAAAAACGAUUUAUUGGAAAUUACAAUACCCACAAUGAAUAGCGUUUCAACUCCACUAAAAUAUUAUAAAAGGAAUAAGUUGAAGAAGAAAAAAAAAGCGAAAAACAAAAGACAAAAUUAUUUCUCAUGAGACCAACUUUGACUUUUUAAUAUUAUCCUUCAGUAUUUGAGUUGUAUUUAAUUUUUUUUUUUUUUUCCAAUUAUUCUCUUCUCUGACUCUAAAUAAUGUUUUUCUUCUGUUAUUCUCAUUAACAAAUUUUUUUUUUUCUUCAAAAUUUUAACACCCUCUCCAAUACCACCAUAUUUUGUGUUUCAUUCAGUGAUUAUUUAUUUUUUAUUUCCCUCCUUUUUUUUUUUUUUUUUGUUAUUCUCUGACCAACUAUUUUCUAACAUCUCGCCCCCCCCCCCCCCGCUACAUGCAACACCAAAACAACUCACCCCCUACCACCACCACUUCCACCAAGCAUAACAUUUCAUAUUUGGUUAACUUCAGCUGUUGUCUGUCCAUUCUGUCAAGUGGUUGUGAUAUUUUGCUAGCGAUAGAUCCCACACAUACAUGAUGUACAGAGUGCAGUUUUGAAAACGCCAACUUGCCCUAAUCUUUCAUGUCAGUAUUUCUGUCAAUUUGUGUUACUUUUUACCUGUAAGAUUGUGCAUUUAAACUGUUUUCUUUUCUAAUUUCUUUCCCCUCUUCUUUCUUGUCAAACUUAAUGAAAUUCUACAGCCACAGUGAAUUAUAAAUAUCAAUUAAUCUCAGUACUAACUCAACUUAUGCCCAGAUAUCUGGUUUUAUUCUGCAUCAGCCAUUGACUCACUAUUUUGGUCAAUGAAAUUUGUGCUGUUGUCUCUCUUAUUUUUUUUUUUUUUUUUCAAUUUAUAUUUUUCCCCAUGGGGCUUUUGUUGAGAAAUUAUCAUUGUUGGGUCAAUUAUUUCAGUGUCUAUCAUCAGUCAGUAAUCUCAGAAAUAUUUCUGUCUGAGAUGUAAAAAAAAACAGAAAUGAUCUAGAACUUUCCUAUGAUUAGUAGGACAAUGUGUUUGGCAGAAAGAUACUUAUUCUAGUUUUUGGAAUGAAGAAUUUCAUGACAACUGCCAUCGCUUGUAUCAAAUAGUUGUUUUUUUUCUUUUCUUUUUCUACACAGAAAUAUUUAAUUCCAUCUUAGAAAAUGCUGUGUCUGGUAUAUUUAUAAAACAGUAAAACUUGGCAUAUUUUCUCUAAAAUUUCCAUAGCCUAGGACCGUGGUACCGAGUGUAUUUUUAUUGUCUUUUAAUACUUAUCAACUGUUUGACAUCUCUCUGUGUGUGUCUGUUGUGUAAAUUGUAGCUGCUUUGAGAUAGUACUUUAACUGAGAGACAUGUUCGACACAGCAAUGUGUUAGUUGAAGUUGGUCAAAUUGCUUCCUUGCAAGUCUGCAACCGUAACAAUACUAGUCUACCUAGAAAGGCAAUCCCUGUGAUAUAUAUAUAUAUAUAUGAAAAAAAAACAAAACAAAAACAAAAAAAAGAUUUAAAAAAAGCGAAAAAUGUAAAAAGAAAAAAAGAAAGAUUAAAAAAAAGUGACUUAGAGUCGUCUUCUUUAAACUUUUUUCUUCUUUCCUUUCAUUGACAAAACUGGUGUUUUAUCAGUUCCUAUGGAAAUUCUUUCUAAUUUUAAAUCUUUUAAUUUUUGGCCCUUGUUGCCUCCCGUUUCCUUUCACUUCCCCAACCCAUAUCUCUUCUUGUCAUUGUAUAUACAACAUUUUUCACCCCCCUACAAACACCACAUAUGCUUAUUCUUCUUUAUCCAUCCCUCACUUUCCAACUUUUGACUUGAUUGAAGGUCAACUUUUUUUAAGGCUGUGUGCUUUGUCUAGUCCCCCCACCCCCAAUUUAUAUUUCUUGGUGACAAACAAAGGUGAAUGAUAUGGGAUUUUUUUUUGUUUGUUUGUUUGUUUUUUUUUUACCUUCCUUUAAAUCAAUUACAUAUUCAUUCAUUAUAAAUUAUAUUCUCAUUUAAUGUUUUCUUUUCCCCAAAAAAAAAAAGCAAGAUAAAGUAAAAUGUAUUAUAUUGCUCUGAUGGUUUGAAACUACACACUCAUGCGUGCACGCACAAACA